ACUACACAGCUGAGUACGGUUACCCUUCAACAACCUUUCAAUUCAAUGAGAAUCAAGUAUUGAUUCCCCAUUGCUUGAUCUAAAUUAGUGAAACAAACAUAGUAUAAAAGUGUAACUUAAUAUUGUAUCUUAAGUGUAGCAAAGCUGGUGUCAAGAAUUAGGCUUCAAUUAAAGCUUACUUCGUUAAAAACGCUUGCAAAAUUAAAAGUCAAUUUUUGCAUGUAUUUAAUCAUUAAUUUUUGCAAACAAAUAUUUUGUGAAUCAAACUGAAUACAUCACAAAUAUGGCACCAAAGCUUCCAAUCAAUAUUUCAACAUUUAGUAAAUCUCAAAUCCGUGAAUGGAUCAAUUCAUUUGAGGUCAUUUUAACUGAUUGCGAUGGUGUACUUUGGCUUUACAACAAUAUUCUAAAGAAUAGUAAUGUUGUCAUUAAUCGUUUGCUUGAAAUGGGAAAGAAAGUUUACUUCAUAACAAACAAUAGCACAAAAACCCGGGAUGAGUUGGUUGAGAAAGCAAAAACUAUGAAUUUUAAUGUCGGGAUGGAAGGUAUGAUCUCAACUGCAUAUCUUGCAGCUCAAUACUUAAAACAACAAAAUUUCAACAAGAAAGUUUAUAUCGUCGGAAGUUCUGGGAUAUCGAAAGAAUUAGAUUUGGUCGGUUUAAAACAUGUUGGAGUUGGACCUGAUGUCAUGAAUGGCACUAUUGUUUCUCUUGUUAAAGAACAAUUCAAACCUGAUCCCGAGAUUGGAGCUGUCAUUGUUGGUUUUGAUGAGAAUUUCUCAUUCCCAAAAAUGAUGAAAGCUGCUUCUUACCUCAACAAUCCAUCGACAAUUUUUGUUGCAACUAACACGGAUGAGCGUUUCCCAAUGCCCAACUUUGUUGUACCUGGAACUGGUGCAAUUGUCAAGGCAAUCGAGACUUGCGCUGAGCGCAAAGCGGUUGUCAUGGGAAAGCCGGAAAAUUGGUUGUGUGAUAUUUUCUUCAAAGAAGAGAUUAAACGUGACAGCAGAAAGUUUUUAAUGAUUGGCGAUCGCCUCAAUACUGACAUUUUGUUUGGGAAGAAAAACAACUUCCAGACACUUUUAGUUGAAACCGGCGUGCAUAAGAUUGACAAAGUUCAAGAUAUUAUCAAUCAAAUCAACAAUGGUGACACAGAUUUGGAUCUUGCAAAUCAAGUUCCUGAUUUUUACAUCUCCAGCUUAGGGGAUUUGUUCAACAAUUAUGAUUGAAUCAUUGUUUAGAAAAAAGAACAUUAAAAGAUUUUAUUCAACUCGUUUAAUUGAAAUUAGAAGUGUUCAAAUAAUAUUUAUUUAUUAUUAGCUAAAUAUCUAUUUUUUGAAUAAAAUCAGAACAAACAAACACACGUUUCGUGUCAUAAAACUUUA